CCGCCCACUUCGUAGAGCUGGCUGCGCAUGCUCCAGGCGUCACUCGUUUCACCAUGAAGACGUGACUGCGCAGGCGCGCCCAGUCGUCUUGACGUCAGCUGCUUUGUCCCCGCCCACCGAUGUAGCUGAGUUCUCGGAGGUGACAGACUACGCGAUAGCGGCGCGGUAAGAUGGCCGCGGGUGGUCGGUGAGGAGGAGGAGGAUGCGCUCUGUUUGUGGUCGGAUAUCCCGGGUGUGAAGCCGCAUGUUCGGGGCUCCUGUUCCCUUCCAUACGGGGCGGCCCCGUGUUCUUUCCCCCCCUCGUAUUGCCCCGUCCCCGCUGCUCCAAUGACCGGCGAAAAGAUCCGCUCCCUCCGCCGGGACCACAAGCCGUGUAAGGAUGAGGAGCUGCUGGAGCCCGACGAGGAGGCUACGGCCGGGGGAACCUUCACCCGCAAGAACCGGAAUAGCAAAAGCUUCAGCAACAACCACCGGGUCAUCCGCGCCCCCUCCAACCCGGCCAUAGCCGGCAGCGACGGGGACAGCAAACCGGGCACCUACUACCCCGUACACGAGUGCGUGUUCAAGGGAGACAUCCGCCGCCUCUCCUCCCUCAUCAGGACCCACAGCAUCAGCCAAAAGGACAACCACGGUAAUACACCGUUACACCUCGCUGUGAUGUUGGGUAAUAAAGAAUGUGCCCAUCUUCUUCUGGCGCACAACGCUCUGGUGAAGGUGAAGAACGCGCAGGGCUGGAGCCCGCUGGCUGAGGCCAUCAGUUAUGGAGACAGACAGAUGAUCACCGCUUUACUGAGAAAGCUGAAGCAGCAAUCCCGGGAAAGUGUGGAGGAGAAGAGACCUCGUCUGCUAAACGCCCUUAAAGAGCUGGGAGAUUUCUACCUGGAACUUCACUGGGAUUUUCAAAGUUGGGUGCCUUUACUGUCCCGUAUUCUGCCUUCUGAUGCAUGCAAGAUCUAUAAACAAGGUAUUAAUAUCAGGCUGGACACUACUCUCAUAGACUUCACCGAUAUGAAGUGCCAACGGGGGGACCUCAGCUUCAUCUUCAACGGAGACGCUAUCCCCUCCGAGUCAUUUGUGGUCUUAGAUAAUGAGCAGAAGGUUUACCAGAGAAUACAUCAUGAGGAAUCUGAAAUGGAGACGGAGGAAGAAGUGGACAUAUUGAUGAGCAGCGACAUCUACUCCGCAACCCUGUCGACUAAAUCCAUCUCGUUCUCGCGCGCCCAAACCGGCUGGCUCUUCAGGGAAGAUAAAACGGAACGAGUGGGAAACUUUUUAGCAGACUUCUACUUAGUGAAUGGGUUAAUAUUGGAAUCCCGCAAGAGGAGAGAACAUCUCAGCGAAGAGGACAUCCUGCGAAAUAAAGCCAUCAUGGAAAGCCUGAGCAAAGGGGGGAACCUGAUGGAGCAGAACUUUGAGCCCGUAAGGAGACAGUCACUGACCCCUCCUCCCCCCAACACCAUCACGUGGGAAGAGUACAUGUCUGCUGAAAACGGCAAAGCUCCACAUCUCGGAAGAGAACUCGUCUGCAAAGAGAACAAAAAAACGUUUAAAGCAACAAUCGCCGUGAGCCAGGAUUUUCCUCUGGGAAUCGAAUCUCUGCUGAAUGUUCUUGAGGUUAUCGCACCGUUCAAGCACUUUAAUAAACUCAGAGAAUUUGUACAGAUGAAGCUUCCCCCAGGAUUCCCUGUAAAAUUAGACAUCCCCGUAUUCCCAACAAUCACGGCCACGGUAACGUUCCAAGAAUUCCGCUACGGAGAGUUUGAGGAGUCGAUCUUCACGAUACCGGACGACUACAAAGAGGACCCCAGUCGCUUUCCUGAUUUAUAAUUCCGGCGGGGGGGGGGGGGAGGAGUUCUCUGUCCUCACUGACCCAGAGCGGACGCCGGUGACCGUACCAGCGGCCACAUGGGACGGCAUUGGCAUCUUUUCUUUGUUAAAGCGUAAUCUCUGUGGUCGCCUCCCGCUGCGUGAAGCACCCGGUGCAGCGGAUUCCGCGCUCCAGCACCACUAGGAUCCACUACAGGCUGCGCGGUCUGAGAAAGAUGGCUGCACUACGGCCUCCCGCCACCAGGGGUCCUCACCUUUCACCACUUUCUGGUCUUAUGUUUUCAGUUUUCUUUUGUUCCAUUCCUCGCUGCAGUCGUGGGCCAUUCGCAGUGUUAAUGCAAUUUAUGGGAUUUUACACUUUUUUUUUUUUUUUUUUUACUUUUUAAAUCAUUUUUGCCCUUUUUUUUUAUUUAAUUAAAUUUUUUUUUGUCCCCCCGUAAAUUAUACAUUAUGUAAUAUUAUGUAUAGAUUCCUGUUUGCUGGAGAUAUAUAUAUAUAUAUGUAAAGGAGAGGAGGAAAUUCCUUCUGUCGUUUAAUUAAACAAAUGACCAUCCAAUAAAAUUGUCGCAUCCGCCGCGCCCUCCCCAAAAGGCGCUGACCAGAGACAAUCGCACCGCAACUCCUGCGCUAAUUACUGUGGUGGGCGCCAUUUUAUUACUUUUCAGUCUGUGUUCUUUAUGACGUUUUUUUUGUUGUAGAAAUAGUUUUAUUUUUAUUUUUUAUUUUUUUAACUAAAUUUAUUAUUAUUUUUUCUACGUUAGAUGUAAGCUGGGGCGCAUUCCCUUCUCCUCCUCCAUCUUCUGGUCCUGGGGAAAGCUGGGUGGCCUCCAAUAUGGCUGCCAGGGCUUUUCUAAUUGACUAGAUAGUCCAUAAUAGCUUAAGGGUGGCCAAUCUGUGGUCCUCCAGC